CAUCGGGCAGGCGCUCCAGAUGACGGUGUCCGCCAUUGCACCACAAGAGCAUUCAGGCUAUCCCAGGAAAGAUAUGGGGAUCUAAAGCAAGCCGUCGUUCUUAAAACAGUGACAGUUCCAAACGGACACUACGUAGAAUCCCCGUGCGGACCGUUCCGACACAGAAGAGCCCCACCGCGAGUCGAGAACCCAGCUAUUAAGGUCGCGUCGUCUGAACCGUACUAACACGCGACGGCCAACGACCACGGACAUCGGCCAACCACUCUAACUCGACGGCCCCCCAAAUUCGCCUUAUCGACAUCAGACUAAAUACAGGCUUUAUAUAUUCCUUGUCCUCUCAGGCUGUUCCUCCAAGCCUCGCUAGCAACACCCUAGCUAGCAUGUCCGCGGCGAACGAUCCUGCACCCGGCGCGGCUGGGCCCGCCGCCGCCGCCGCCGCCGCCGCCUCGAACUCGUCGCCAGGCGCGCCGGCGGUGCGUGGUGCGUUCAUCGUGCUCGAGGGCCUGGACAGGAGCGGCAAGACGACGCAGGUCAAGCUGCUUGAGACCAGGCUCGCCGGGGCUGGGAGGAAGGUGCAGCUCAUGCGGUUUCCUGACCGCACAACGCCGACAGGCCAGAUAAUAAACCAGUACCUCUCCUCCGCCGCCUCCCUCCCAGACCAGUCCAUCCACCUGCUCUUCACCGCCAACAGGUGGGAGGCCGCGCCCAGCAUCACGUCCCUCCUGUCGCAGGGCGUCACGGUCGUCUGCGACAGGUACUACUACUCCGGGAUGGUCUACAGCGCCGCCAAGGGGAACCCCUCCCUGGGCCUCCCCUGGGCCCGCGCGCCCGAGGUCGGGCUGCCGCGCCCGGACGCCGUCGUCUUCCUGGACCUGGACGAGGAGGCGGCUCGGCGGAGGGGCGGGUUCGGCGAGGAGAGGUACGAGACGGAGGAGAUGCAGCGGCGGGUCAAGGCGCUGUUCUGGGGGCUCAAGAGGGGGGAGGUCAGCGGGGUGGCGUUUGAUGAGGAGAGGGAGGAUUUGGUUGUUGUUGAUGCUGGGGGGAGUGUUGAGGAGGUUGCUGAGGAGAUCUUGGGCGUUGUCAGGCCGAGGGUUGAGGCUGUUGAGAAGGGGGAGUCCGGGAGGGAAGUCAGGAAGGUGUCAUGA